AUGCAGGCCGUUUUCGAACUGUGGUGCCUGCUCUGCAACGACUCGCCCAUGAGCGAAGCCCGCCUGAUCCUGGAAUUCCCCAACGAGCAGCUGGUGAUGCACCGGUACCGCAGGGCGCAGCCCAAGAACGAGUUCCUGUUCGCCGUCCAGCCGUGCGCCCGAGUCCCGCCCGGCUACACCGCCGUGGCCGUGCUGUUUGGCGAGGCGGUCCGGCCGGCCCACGACCUGUGCAUCUCCGUGCAGCCGCCCGAGGGGGACGCGGCCGGCCCCAGAGAGUGGGUGGCCGCCAUCCUGGACGCGCUCGCGGCAAAGCGGCUCGUCAAUAGCGAGGCGCUGCAGAUUUGGCGUCGGCUGGCCCAUGGCGAAGAGUAG